CGUAAAUACAAACACAACUGCCAGAGCAAUGAUAACAAGUGAGAGGACGCUGAGAGGUUACUAAAUUUCUUAACGUCAUUUUUAUUGUUGUGGCAAACUGGGUUAACUAUUUAACUUUUAAGAAAUAAAGGACAUAAGUGCACAUGCAUUGAAAAAUGAAUGAUUUUACAGAAGAGGACUUGAACAACUAUUUACAGAGCCAGAUUGAUCUUCGGCAUCGCCAAGUCUCUAAAACGGUAGAAGAGGUGCAGCAAAUCAUCCUGCAACUCACAGCAGAGGUUAGUGCUAAGGAUGGCAGGUUUCAGUCAAUUUCCCAUUCUGGCUUCUACAAUGACAACAUUAAGAAUCAGUCUUCUUUAAUGGCUAAAUGGUCAGCACUUCUGAGAGGAAAGGGUGCUUUCAACCCAGCUAUCCAGGUGCUGACACCAUCUUUGUUCCUGAUCGCAGUGCCUAUCAGAGGACUAUCAGGGUAUAGGGAAAAGAAAGCCCGCCAGUGGCGCUACUAUACAUUGAGUGGCUCCAAAUUGAAUUCUCCAGUUCGUGAACCAGAAAAAUUACUGCGGUGGCUGGAGCUGGAAAAUUUCAGCAACAGUUCCCAGGAGUGGCAUGAUGCCAGUGUUGCCAUUGAAGGAGACGUUGUCCCAGCCAAGGUCCUCAGUCUCUUCAAAGAUCUGGUAGAGAAUGCCAUCAAAGUAUGCAACUUGACUGGCAAAGUGAGUGUUUUAGAAAGUGUUGGCUCAGUGGUCCGUGUUGCUGUGGAAACAUCAGAACUGCAAGUUGAGGUGGAGCUCAUACCCACCGUGGAGCUGUUGAACUGCUGGCCAAAAAGAGCACGAUGGCCCCGAUUUUUUAAACGCUGGCCCUCUAAAGAAAAAGCAAGAUGCAUUAAGUCAUUCGGUUAUAAUCUCAUGGCAGCUUCAAACUACCACUGGCUCCUAUCCUUCUCAAGAGCAGAACAAGUCUUGAUGAGUAGCAUUGAUGAUGAUGGAGGAUGCAGAAGAAAGUGCUACAGGAUCACCAGACAGUUAAAAGAGAACGUGUGGUGCCCUGGAAGCAAACCUGUAAUAAAUGCUUAUCAUCUUCAGACUCUUCUCCUGUGGUCUUGUGAAAAAUAUCCAAGGACCAAAGACUGGCGGAAUUUUAAAAAAAGCUUCCUUCGGCUAGUGAAGAAAUUGCUCAAGUGUGUGAGCCAGAGGUACCUGAGGCAUUACUUUAUGAGGGGAUACAACCUGCUGAAAUAUACAAAUACCAGUGAGCUGGACAUUAUGGCUAAAAAGAUUGCAGAUUUCCUUGAAAAUCCACAGCUUUACAUUCAUUAAAAACAUACAGAACACUUUACAGAAGUUACAAAGAUUAACGAUAUGACCUUGUUUUUGUGAAAAAUAAAGCAAUAGCAAGAAAGCAAGCAAGAGUGCCUAAUGCAGCCAUCUUAAAAUGCAUAUUCCAGUUGCUACAACCAAUUUUCAAAUGAGACAUGGCGCUUUAUAAACAAACUGAACUACAACAUGUUAACAUUGCUUAGUUCAAACUAACAUGAAAAUAGUAACAUGUGAACAUAGACAGUGUUAAACAGAAUAAUGUAAGCUGGGGGAAAUGUUUUCUACAAAAAAGGGAGGAAUUUUAAAAAGGCAAAUUGACAAAACCUUUCAAGCAUAAAUUCUUAAACAUUGCAGUAUUGCUUUUUAUUAAAAUUGUUUAAAGGGCUUGUUAGAGUGCACCAAUUACCCAAUUAUUACAAGGAUGUUGUACCAUGUUAGCCAUUAUGGAUUUAGUGAGCAUUUAAGCAAAAUGACACCUUUUAUUGGCUAACUAAAAAGAUUACAAUAUUUAAGCUUUCGAGAUAUCUCAGGCCCCUUCUUCAGACCUGAGUUGCCUCGAAAGCUUGCGUAUUAUAAUCUUUCUAGUUAGCCAAUAAAAGUUUUAAUUUUGCUUAACUUGCUCUAUUACAUAAAUUUAGCUCUAUUUUUUGAAAAAGAGUAAUGUUUUUAGAUCUCAAAAGUAACCUAACAAACCAUUUGUUAUUGCAUUGCAGCAGGUAGCCCCUAUUCUAAAGUGUUAUCAGGAUUGUUUUAUAAAGUUAGCAUAACUUGUAACAUGUCAAAAAUGAUCUGAAUUUACAUUGAAGGAUACACUUGGUAUUUUCAUGUCAAUGUUAUUUCUUGAUAAUCAUGGUAUAUAUUAAUUUGCUAAAUAAUAUUCUAAAUUGCAGCAUUUUUGUAUGAAUUUUGAAAAUGCUUUGUCUGUUCUUGUAGUUUACAAUGAGGCUGAAGGGUACAAGAGUCUACACAUGAAAAUAAUGCUUAAACUUACCAAAUUCACACAUUUUUCAAAGCUCGAAUGUUAUUAAUAUGUAUCUUGAAAUUGCACAAAUAUUGUGAAAAGUAUUUCCAUGUUGUUUUUGAAAGGAAUAUUAAAAGUAAAUUAUUUGUGAGAUUCGGUGAUUUUACCAGAAAACCAGUUGUGCACCUCAUCCUGCCAAUUAAUUCUUCCUCUGUGGCACUGUGUGCCCAUCACAGGAACAACUUACACACACCCAUGCACACUCUCAUUCACGCAAACCUGGAAUCGGCAUUUCAAAUUAUCUUUAUGGCUCUUUCUAUGUGUUAGCGAGAACACCACAUUAAAUCUGGGAGCGCAUGCAAAGUCCACACUGACAAUAACCAAGGACACAAUUCAAACCAAUGACUCUAUUCCAUGAAACAGCAUCAGCAAGGAUUCUUCUGCCUUGCUGCCCUACAUAAGAGCUACUCAUCUAUAAAGUGUUUAACUUUUUACGACAACAUUGAUUUAUAUAGCACAUUUUCAUACAAAUGAUGUAGCUCAAAAUGUUCAAAGAUGAAGAAAGAAACGUUUACAAAAAAUAAAAAUAAGAUUAGGCAAUACUAAAU